AAAGUGGUAAAUGGAGGCUCGAGCAAGCGAACGAUAACGUUUUUGGUAGAUUUGGUCAUGUAAGUGUUCAUGAGUUGACAGAACAGGGUGACGUUGUUCUCAUUCAUGGUGGCUCCAUGUGGUCUAGUGUUCAGAAUAAUAAUCUCACCGAUAGUUUAUUGCAAUAUCAUGUUCAACAGAAGAAAUGGACGAUUCUGCCAUCAUCCGGUGUUAAAGCGUUUCUUCAUUCUGCAGUAUUAACCAAUGGGUUUCUUAUUACAAUUGGAGGAAACGGAUAUAACAUUGGAGUAUUGAAAACCCGCCAAGAAUGCUUCACUAAUACAAUUCAAAUAUAUGAUAUAGCUUGCAAAGUGUGGCUGAACGUUUCUGUUAACUCGGAUGUGUCACGUAGAUAUGGGCAUAGUAGCGUAGCUUUCAACAAUGCCAUAUAUGUAUUAUAUGGUUUUAAUGGUCAAAUGCUGAAAGAUGUUUGGAAAAUGAUUACUCCUGAUUGCUCAGCUGCAUCACGACCAGAAACGUGUAACAGCAUUCGAGGAGGAACAAAAUGCAUUUUCACCGAAAGAUCUUGUUUACGACUUGAUCCACAUGUCAGCUACAAACAACCAUUCUUAUCUCUCUUGAAAGAUGAAAAAACAAGAUCAAUGCUAGCUUGCGGACUCCUAUCUGUUCGCCAAUCGUGUGAAGAACAAUCCGAUUGCGUGUCAUGUGUUUUACAGCUUGCGUGUGGAUGGUGUGCGUCGGGUCAUCAAUGUCUACCAGCUGAUAGUGAAUGUUUGGAUGGUCAAGCUAUUCUCAAAAGUUGGGAGAAGUGUCCUAAUCUGAAAAAUGUGGAGCCAAGACCAUGCUCUAUGGCUAAUGAUUGUCAUAGUUGUCAAGUACUUUCACACUGUAGAUGGUUUUUGCCAGAAGGAACCAAUAAAGGGUCAUGUAUAUCCAAAGAGGAAGAAGUACUUCUACUUGCUGAACGUCAGAAUAAGGAGCUGGAAAGAAUAAACGCAGAAAACUUGCCUCUCAACCACGUGCAUAUCAACCAUGAGAAGCUAAACGAAGUUUUUGAAUGUCCUCGAGCUUGCUCGAAUUUCACGAAUUGUUCUCACUGUGUAUCAAGUAGCAAAUGCAUGUGGUGUCCGAAUUUAGAGAUCUGUGUCCACAUGGAAGCUUAUACGCUCACUUUCCCAUAUGGUCAGUGUUUCUCAUGGCUUAGUGGUAAUACAAUCCGUGGUGCUCGAAUAUGCAGUCAAGAUGUCUAUAAUUGCACGUUACAUAAGACAUGUGCUGAAUGUCAAAUGGCUCCCGAUUGUGGCUGGUUAGAUAAUGGCUCAGGCACAGGAUUAGGGUCAUGUGUAUCUGGAAACGCUCGUGGUCCAAGAGAAGAUAGCUUGAUCAAAAAUGGAAAAUGGCAUUUCAUAGAUUGUCCAUCUUGUCAGUGUAAUGGUCACGCAAACUGCGAAAGCACUGUAACCACACUACUUGGUGGAACUCAAGAGAUUUGUGGAAUUUGUGCUAAUAACACACAAGGAAAGCAUUGUGAAGUAUGCGCGCAUGGAUUUUUCGGUGAUCCAAGAAACGGUGGAUCUUGUCAACCUUGUCAAUGCAAUGGUCAAGCUGAUGAUUGUGAUCAACGAAGUGGCUUAUGUUACUGCAGAACUAAAGGAGUAGUUGGCAAGCAUUGCGAGAAAUGUGAUGCCAAGUACUAUGGACAGCCUGCUAAUGGAACUCCUUGCUAUUACGAAUUAGCUGUUGAUUUCAUUUUCACAUUCAAAUUAAAGAAAGAAGACAAAGAUCAGCAUGCUACUGAACUAUUUCUGUUCAGCAUACCAUAUAAGCGUGACACUGAUGUCACUUUCCAAAUCAGUUGUGAUCAGCACGCACUAGUUGCUUUGAAUGAAACAUCAUCGUAUUUAGCCGGUAGUAAGACUAGACGGUUAAUGACAAAUACACUUUGCGAUCAUCGUGGGUUCAGACGUAUCUAUUCAGCAUCGGAUUCAGAUGGAUGGAUAUUCGGGACAGACUCCAACACAACCUUCUUUGUGAAAGUUUAUAAUUUCACAACGCCCAUUAUAGUGCAAGUAUCGUUUGCACAAUCUCCACCCAUUAACUGGGUGCUAUUCUUUGUCAUAUUCGCAGCGUGA